AUGGGCAACGAAGGAAGCAUCGAGGGAAGCGGACAACCCGGAGAACCGGGCUCCAUCUCUAUGGUUGGAGCUCCCGGUUCGUUUUCAGCAUCGGGUUCUGGACAGCACAUCAAGCCCGCCAAUGGUGCUGUUGCCGGGGGAGGAAUGGGUGGCGGACCGGGGAUGAAUAGGGUUCCUAUGGGGAGUCCUAAACCUGGGAUGCAGCUUGGCUAUGGAGGGAUGGCUGGAGGAAUGGGUGGUGGAGGAGGUCAGAGACUGGCCAACCAAGAGAGCCACAGGCCGUUGCAGCAAUCUAGCUCAGGCCCCGACUAUGGCUCUGGCCCGGGUCAGGGCCAUGGGCCAGGGAUGGGUGCUGGGAUGGGUUCUGGGAUGGGUGGCGGUCAGGGUCAGCAUGGCCAGAGCCCCAGUCAGCCCGGGCAGCACGCCUCCAGACGGAACCUCCAGGUGGACUUCAGCAGCUCGGGAGGCCGGACGGGUCGCUCCUCCUCAGCGUCUCCGGACCGGGGGAUCACCCCCACCUCGCCCUACUCGGUGCCUCAGAUCGCCCCCAUGCCCGUCAGCAAGCUGUGCCCCCUCUGCUCCACCACAGAGCUGACCAAUCCGCCGGCCCUGCCAAACUACAACACCUGCACACAGUGCCGCUCCACCGUCUGCAACCAGUGUGGCUUCAACCCCAACCCCCACCUCACAGAAGUACAGGAGUGGCUCUGUCUCAACUGCCAGAUGCAGAGGGCCUUGGGCAUUGACAUGACCACCCCACGCUCCAAGAGCCAGCAGCAGAUCCACUCUCCAUCCCACCAAGCCAAACCCAUAGUCCAGCCACCACCUGUUCAGCCAGCUGAGCCAGCAGCCCAGCCAAAACCCCAUCCUCAGCCCCAGGCCCAGCCCCCACCACAGUCAAAACCCCACUCCCAGCCCCAGCACCAACUCUACGGUCAAUCCCAGCCCUAUAGUCAAUCCCAGCCCCAGGCCCAGCCCUAUGGUCAAUCCCAGUCCCAGCCCUAUGGACAAUCCCAAUCCCAGUCCCAGCUCUAUGGUCAGUCCCAGCCCCAGUCCUUUGGCAAAACUCCGCCCCAGCCCUAUGGCCAAUCCCAGCCUCAGCAACAGCCCUACAACCAAACUCAGCCCCAGCCACAUGGUCAAUCUCAGACCUAUGGCCAUUCCCAGCCCCAGCCCCAGCAACAGCCCUAUGGUCAAUCCCAGCCCCAACAACAGCACUACAGCCAAACUCAGCCUCAGCCAUAUGGUCAAUCCCAACCCCAUCAACACCUCUACGGCCAAAGCCAACCUCAGCCCCAGCCAUAUGGUCAAUCCCAGCCCUAUGGUCAAUCCCAGUCCCAGCACCAGCCUCAGGCCAAACCCCAAGCUCAGCAUCAGCCACAGACCUCUCCUGGCCUACAGAGACACCCUAUACCCGGCUCUGCUUCCCUGCCUGGGUCAACGACAAGCUCCCCCCAGCACAUCCCAUAUGGCCAGAGAGGGCCUGGAGGUCCCGGCCAGCCCCGGAUUCCCCAUCCUGGGGCAGUCCCCCUGGUGGGCAUGGCCAAGGCACCCUCCCAGCCAGACCUGGGCCGAGGCUCCCCGUUGCACCAGAGCGGCCGUCAGGCCGCCAGCGCCAGCUCGUCGCCUUCCCAUCGGCCUGCCGCUCCCCAGGGGCAACCGCCCCAGGACGGCCUGACCAAACUGUUUGGCUUUGGGGCAUCGCUCCUCAACCAGGCAGCCAGCACCCUGGCCUCUGUGGACCCCCUCUCAGGGACACCAUCCACCCAGCCCUCCCCUGCCAGGGGUGGGCCUUCCAACAAACAACAAGGACCUCCUGGUGCCAAACCAUUCCAGACAGGUGGCCCUCAUGCACCCCAGAUGGGUGGCCCGCAAGCACCCCAGAUGAGUGGCCCUCAUGCACCCCCGAUGGGUGGCCCGCAAGCACCCCAGAUUGGUGGCCCUCAUGCACCCCCAAUGGGUGGCCCGCAAGCACCCCAGAUGGGUGGCCCACAAGCACCCCAAAUGGGUGGCCCUCAUGUACCGCAAAUGGGUGGACCCCACACACCAACUCAGAUUGGUGGCCCGUAUGCACCACAAAUGGGUGGCCCACAUACAUCAACUCAGAAAGCACCCCAACAGCAGCAAUCACCUGUGCAUCAUCAGAAGGGACCACAGCAACAACAGCAACAGCAGCAGCCGGCCAGACAGGAGCCCGUUCCCAAGCCGGUGGAGCCUGAGAAGCCCAAAGUCAAAUGCCCCUUGUGUAAGACGGAGCUCAACAUCGGCAGCACCACUGAGCCGCCUAGCUACAACUCCUGCACCCAGUGCCACACUCAGGUCUGCAACCUAUGUGGAUUCAACCCCGCGCCUCACCUGGAGAAGAAAGAAUGGCUCUGUCUGAACUGCCAGACCCAGCGACUGAUGUCUGGAGGUCUCCGGGAUCCCUCUCCUGUAUCUCAUCCGUCUCCAAAGCACCAACCAAUGGGUUCUCCACGCCACCAGGCACUGGCCAGUCAGCAGCCUGUUCAGCAGCUACCCUUCCAAAAAUUCACCAAUCAGCAGCAGGAAGGGCCGAGACAGAUGCAGCCGCAGCAGCAGAAGCCCCAGACAGCCCUGGGGAGCGGACCUUUUGAACCAACUGCAGCGAAGCAACCUGGAGACACAAAGGCCCCUGUCCAGGCCACACCUACACCUGCAAUCGAGCCCCUGAAACAACCAAAGGCCACGGAAGAGACUACGCCAAAACCAGAGAAGUUGGUGGAACCCGCCAUAGACACCAAAUCGACUCAGAAGAAGGGAGAGCCAAUCACACCAAUAAAAGAGAUAAAGAAGUCAAGAUAUGAUGAGACCAAGAACAGCACUCAGGACCUGUCGCGGAGCCCCCAGAGCCUGAGCGACACGGGCUACUCCUCCGACGGCAUCUCCAGCUCCCACAGCGAAAUUAUCGGCCUCAUCCAGGAGGAGGAGAUGAAGCUGAGCGAGAGGGGCAUCAGCGAGCGUGGCAGCCCCCCCAGCCCCUCCGAGAUCACCAAGCUGGAGAGCUCCAUGAGGCCCCUGCUGGAGUGCAAGACCGUGCCAGUUGAGGAGAGGGAGCGCGAAAGGGGCCGAGGCCGGCACCACCGAGAGCAGAGACCCCGGUCGCUGUCCAUCACCCCGGAGGCCUAUGACUCUGAUGAGGAGCUGGAGGACAUUGUGGAAGAGGAGGAGGAGGACGGAGGAGACUGGGAGUCCAAACAGGAGCACAAGAACAGUGCCGCUCCCAAAGAGGAGAAGAAAGUGGCCGAGCCGGAGCCGAUGACAGAUGAGGAGUUCAUGAGGAGGCAGAUCAUGGAGAUGAGCGCUGACGAGGACAUCGAGGAAGAGGAGGAGGACAUGGAGGAGGAGGACGAGGAGGACGAAGGCUAUGGCUACCAAAAACCUAAAAAAACACACAAGCACAUCUCAGAGUUGACGAAAGAGAAGCGCCGCCUCUCUCACCAGUCCAGCAGCUUUGAGGAGGACACCAAAAGCUCCAGCGACAUCUACAAAUGUUCUGCGGAGGAAGGAGAGGAGGGGGGUCUGGGGGGCCUGCGCCGCUUCAAGACAAUCGAGCUCAACAACACCAACAGCUAUAGCCGCGACAUGGAGCUCAACAACGAGAACGACCUCAGCCUGGACCGAGAGCCCGAGUUGGAGAUGGAGAGCCUGACAGGGUCUCCCGAGGAGCGCUCCAGGGGUGAGUACUCCUCCACCCUGCCACCCACCACCUCCAGCUACAACUCUGGCACCUCCCCCACCUCCAUCUCCUCCAUGGAGGAAGACAGCGACAGCAGUCCCAGUCGCAGGCAGAGACUGGAGGAUGCCAAGCAGCAGAGGAAGGCCCGCCACCGCUCCCACGGCCCCCUGUUGCCCACCAUUGAGGACUCCUCGGAGGAGGAUGAGCUGAGAGAGGAGGAGGAGCUUCUGCGGGAGCAGGAGAAGAUGAGGGACCUGGAGCAACAGAGGAUCCGCAGCACGGCCAGGAAGACCAAAAGAGAUAAGGAGGAGCUGAGGGCCCAGAGACGCAGGGAGAGAUCCAAGACGCCCCCCAGCAACCUCUCCCCCAUCGAGGAUGCCUCCCCUACUGAGGAGCUGCGACAAGCUGCGGAGAUGGAGGAGCUCCAUCGAUCCUCUGCCUCAGAAUACUCCCCCCAGAGCCUUGACUCAGAGGCUGAGGGAUACGAGUCUAAACUCUACAAGUCUGGCAGCGAGUAUAACUUGCCCACGUUCAUGUCUCUGUACUCUCCUACUGAGAAGUCGUCGACAACUUCAACCACCACCGCGACUUCCAGCAGCAAGCCCCUGAAGAGUGCUGAGGAGGUGUAUGAGGAAAUGAUGAGGAAAGCCGAGUUGCUGCAGAAACAACAGAAACAGCAACAGCAGCAGCAACAAGGGAGACACAACAGUGCAUAUGAGGACGACACGAAUGGCCAACAGUAUGAAGAUGAGUAUGAGUACGAGCAGGCUGAGACUAGUUAUGAAAACGAGGCGGCAGAGACAGGAGGCAUCUACGAAGAGAUCCGCCAGACCUCCCAAAACAUCACUAAGAUGCAUCAAUCCUCAGCCCUGGAGUUACAGCAGCAGGCAGACGAGCAGGUGGAAAUAGACGACAGUACCUAUCCAGAUAAGCAGCUUUUAGAUACAGGGUCGGCCUUCGCUAAACUGCUUGAGCAGACCAAUGACCUGUUGACUCCUGGCAACAGCCCCACUCAGCUCUCUGCACCUGUGACUUUCUCUGAGGCUGGAGGAAGGAUCCCUGAUGUACGGGUGACACAACACUACUCCAAAGAUGUCCAUAAAGCUGGGAUGAAGAGCCAGACGGGUAAAAAUGGCAUUACUCUAGUGGCAGCCGCCACCACAAUUGCAGCCUACGGGGUUUAUUCCCGGGAUGCAGUGACCAUCCCUCACACAAGCGCUAGUCAAACGAUGACGACCACCCAAUCCAUCAUGUAUGGUCGACAAACUGGAGGACCUGCCACUUCAACCACAACCAUCUCAAAUGUGUGCAGCAAGAUAGCGGAGAUAACACAGGCUUACAGCCAGAGAGAGGUAGUUGCGAGGAGGGUGGGCGAGAGCCGAGGGGUCCAAGCUAGAGAGAGUGCGACAUCUUCAGAGCAUGUCAUAGAGCCCCACUCGACAAAGAUGUACUCGUACUACAAGAGCUCCAGCCCCCCUCUGUCUCCCUCUGCCUCGCCCACCGAGAGCCCAAGUCGCUCACCCUCCAGGAGGGCCGAGAUAUCCACUCAGACAUUCAGCCCAGGCAUAGGGGCUCUGUCAGCUGGCUCGGGGCCCACCUCCCCAAUGAUGGCCCAGGGGACACAGACAUCUCAAAGGGCCAUAUCCCCAAGUCUCUUGAGACAGCAAUCCCCCUACAUGGUUGCAAGCUUGGAGCCCACAAGCUCUGCCAAACCAAUGACAGUCAACACCGCCACGUCACCUUUAUCCUCGCCCACCAGAUUCACCCGACAGUCGACAUUUGACAGCUACUCUCCACAGGCCAGUCCGCCAGACACCUCUCCAUACCACCACUCUCCUCAGCACAGCUUCUAUAGGAUGCAGAAGGUGGAGAAGGUCAGUGUUGGAACCAGCAUGGUCACCACAGCUAGCACCUACAGCCGUGGUUCCAUGUCUAUGGACAACAUCUCUCUCUGCAGGUUCUCCAGCAUCCCGGGGACCUCGAGUGUCGAGCCGGGCCAGAUGAUCCAUGGUGGGAGUGUGGUGGAUCUGAGAACAGUAGAUCUGAGAACAGCCACUAACGCAGCUCCCAUUUUAAUGACUGCCCAUGGCAUGGAUCUUACCUCCCUGGCCACAGAAACACGCAAAUACACCAGCGGGAUUGAGGGGAGCCACCCCUCCACUAUCAUCCAGCCCCUCAUCAUGAACCUGAACACCCAGCAGCAGCCCCACGUAAUGGUAUCCACUGCAACCACGAUGAGCGUCACGGUGGCCGCCUCCAUGUUCAUAUCGCAGCCCCAACAGCCCAUGGUCUAUGGGGACCCUCUACAAAACAGAGUUGACCUCGGUCAGGGCAUGGGCUCAGCCAUGUGCCUGUCACAGAACAAACCACCUCCCACUGACCCAUCUAUCCCCAAGAUCGACGCCAAGCUGGAGGACCUGAGCAUCCAGCAGCAGCAGCUUUUCCAGCAGCAGCAAAAGCUCCAACAGCAACAGCAGCUCUUGGAGCAUCAGCUCCAGCAACACCACCAGAUGCAGCAGCAGUCCUCCGUAGCUCGGUUCAACCUACCAGGCCAGAUGACGCUGCUCAAGAAAGACCUUCUGGUCAGCCAAACCAGCAAUACCCCAGCCGUGGUCAGUACUAUAUCCCCUGCCGUUGCCCCUGAUAUCUACGGCACUGGAGAUCCCCUGGAGCUGAAGAGCAAACCAACCCCGGCAGGUGUGAAGCACCUGGCUGGGGGUGGGCCUCAUGGCAUGAUGGUCCAAAUGGAUGGGGCCCCACAGGGAGGACCAGUGACCCAGCUGGUGAAGACAGAGGAGGGCCAGGAUGCCGUGGACCUCACAGGGGGGCAGAUCAAAGCUGAGAACCAACCAGCUUGCUGUGAUGUCGUGUACCGCCUCCCAUUUGGAGGUAGUUGCGUUGGCGGACCAUUUUCCCAAAAGUCAAAUGUUGAUGAGAAUGUGGCCACUCAAGAGCCAAGACCACACUCUGUGCCACCACUCUCUUAUGAGUCGGACCAGGAGGGCCAGUAUCAGGAGUUUUCUAUGGACGGGCAUAAAGCCUACACAUUACCGUUCCCUGGCCGGCUACAGCCCUCGAUGUCUGACACCAACCUAGCAGAGGCCGGACUCCAGUCCUACCACUCCAAGAUGGACCCACACUUCCAGACCUCUGGAGAGCUGGCUGUGGACCUCAGCACCAUGAAACACACCUAUGAGGGUGGAUUCCUCGGACUGGGCAUGCAGUAUGGCUCCUACACUGACCUACGCCAUGGAGGUGAUAUCACUGCAACUGCCCUGCCCAUACGCAGAUUCAACUCCCUGUCUAACAUCAGCUCUGACUACGGCUACUCCCCCCGAGACCUCGCUAACUUCCAGGAGUCCAACCUGGCCCAGUACAGUGCCACCACUGCCAGAGAGAUCAGUCGAAUGUGCGCUGCCCUCAACUCAAUGGACCGCUAUGGGAGCAACCCAGAGCUUAUGCAAUACGGUGUAGGCAGAGGAACAGGUCCAGGUGGCAGGCUUAACUCUAUGAGACAAAAUAUGCUCUAUGGACCUGACGGGAAGCCAAUCUCUCACACCCAAGCGCUCACCAACAUGAUCAAUGCCAGGCAAGCCAGCCUCCGAGCCAUGUACCCGUCUGCCAUGAGGUCUGCUGAUGGGAUGACCUAUUCUACCAUCAACACACCCAUCGCCUCCACCUUGCCAAUCACUACCCAGCCUGCCUCAGUGCUGCGCCCACUAUUAAGUGGAGUGUACAGGCCUUUACCCACAGCCAAUAUGACACCUGUGCCUCUGGCCAGUCUCACUAGGAUGCCUGUGAACCCACGGAUGCCUAUGUCUGGACAGGCCUCAUACCAUUAUCCGGCUCCCAACGUCUUCCCAUCUACGACGUCGACCCCUGUGAGCAUGCCAGCCGCCGUCAACACCACUCUGGAUGCCCCAAUCUUCCUAGGGAAGCCCUCUGUGACAUCAAGUGGAUCUGAUCCCCCGUAUCGAUCUCCUGUUGCCCAUACAUCAGCCUCAGUGAGCUUGCCAAAGGAGUCCGAGCAGCAGCCCAUAAACCUGACCCAGGCUCACCUCCACACUCAGGCCCCAGGGCAGCCCCAGGUCCAGCCUCAGAACCAACCCCCAGCUCAGCCACAGCACAUGCAAACUCAAUUCCACCCACAGGGCCAGCAUCCACCCCAGAGCCAGCCACCUCCGGCCCAUGCUUACCCCCCAACACAAAGCUACACAGGGCCCCAGAGCAGCACCCUGCCCCAUCACCCAACCCCACCCUCCAGCGGCCCUGUCAACCCGGAGACCGAGACUGAGGAGGAGAGGAUGCACCGCCAGCAGGAGCAGCUUCUGCAAAUGGAGCGGGAACGCGUGGAGUUGGAGAAGCUGCGUCAGCUGCGUCUGCAGGAGGAGCUGGAGAGAGAGCGCAUGGAGCUGCAGCGGCAUCGUGAGAAAGAGCAGAUGCUGGUGCACAGGGAGAUCCAGGAGCUGCAGACCAUCAAGGAGCAGGUCCUGCAGCAGCAGCAGGCUGAGAGGGAGAACCAGCUGGUGAUGCAGAAGGAGCAGUUGGCCCAGCAGAAAGCCCAGCUUGACCAGAUCCAGUCGCUGCAGCAGCAGCUCCAGCAGCAGCUCGAGGAGCAGAAGCGGCAAAAGACUGCUGCAGCUGCUGCUGCUGCAGCCACCGCAGCCGCUCAGUUGGACCAGAGCGGUCAGAUGCUGCAGCCCUACGGAAACCAAAUGGGUUUCAGGUCCCUGCCCAACUCCUCCUCAGACGUGUGUCUAAGGAACAACGAGGAGCAGAUGGAGACCAGGACCAACAUGAGAAAGCAGAACUCCACCUCCAUGCCCCGACUGAGGGAUGGAAUGGAGGGCGAGAGCGUUGAGUUCUACGGAGCCCGGAGGAUCGUGGACAGUUGUGUUCAGACAGACGAAGAGGACGGUGAGGAGAGGUACAUAAUGUCUAGGCGCAGACGCAACAGGCGCAGCGUGGACCGUAGCGUCCAAACCGACGACGACGAGGAGAAAGUGGAGUGGGAGCAGCCUGUGAGACGCAGACGCUCACGCUUCUCCAGGCACUCGGAUCCCGGGGCCGACCACAAGACUGAUGCAGCCUCCAAGACGGCCACCUCAUCCAGCAUCGCCAUUCAGACCAUUCGAGACUGCUCCUGCCAGACCGAAACAGACCAGCUGGGGAAGGUGUCCCCGGCCAUCCACGUCACUUUGCCAGACCCGAACAAAGUGGAGAUCGUCCACUACAUCUCAGGCCCUGAAAGGACCCAGAAAGGCCAAAGCCUAGCCUGCCAAACAGAUGUGGAGGCCCAGUCUCAGGGCGUGGUGGUGCCACAGCUCAGCGUGCCCACCACUAUCAACCCCUACUCCACGGGUAUCCAGCUGGUUGCCUCCGCCGACCCGCGGCAGCAGCAGAACAGGAGGAGGUCUGACCCCAUGGAGAUCAGCUACCAGACCCAGACCCAGCCCAUGAACCACCUCCACAACGAGUCCCUCUCCAGCCUGAUCCGUCAGCCCCCCAAGUCCCCCCAGGUGCUCUACUCCCCUGUGUCCCCCGUCCCCCACCGCCUGCUGGAGACCUCCCUCUCCAGCGGCGGGCUGAACAAGGCCCAUGUCACUCCCCAGCAGAAGGCCUACACAGCCGAGUCACCCCAGCGCCUCCCCAGCAUGCCCCGCCCUAUUAAGAACACACAGAGGUCCAUGUCUGACCCCAAGUUGCUGAGCCUCACCACUGACGAGCACACUAAGGCCAGGCUAAACCUGUACCAGCAGCAAGCUCUUCAGAGCCAGCUUGCUGCCCUGCAGCAGAGCGCUCUGAGGAAGGUGAAGAGGACCUUGCCCAGCCCCCCUCCAGAGGAGAGCCACCUCCCCACCAUCACCCCGGCCCUGCCCGCUGUGCCCUCCCUGAGGGCCGGGUCCAGGCCAGGUCUGGCAGCCAAAGCCAGCCUGCUGAAGGACCUCACCCACGAGCUGAAGGCAGUGGAGCAGGAGUCCACCAAGCUCCGCAAGCAGCAGCAGGAGCUGGAGGAGGAGGAGAAGGAGAUUGAUGCCAAGCUGCGCUACCUGGAGCUGGGCAUUCAUCAGCGCAAGGAAACCCUGGUGAAGGAGAGGGAGAGGAGGGAUAUGGCCUACCUGCGCUGCAUGGGCGACCCGCGAGACUACAUGUCAGACAGCGAGCUGAAUAACCUGCGGCUGGCGGCGGCGGUAGCUUCCUACGAGAGCAACGGGGUGCUGACCAGACCCAGCACAGCACCACUGAGCCAGUACACCAGUGACCUCAACACAGCCGCCCAGUUCCCUCCCAUCUCCUCCUUCGUCUCCUUCCAGUCAUACCACCCCCAGAGCCAGCCAGCUCCAGCACCCCAGCCUGGCACCCCUUACCAGACCGCAGCCUUCAACCAGCCCCCCUACCCUUCAGUGUCCCAGGCAGCAGCUCUUCCCCAGCCCACCCCCCUGCAGACCCAACAUCUUCCCCCAUCCUACCAGACCCAGGGGUCCUUCCCCUCCCACACAUACCCCCAGAGCCCCCCCUACCCGACAGAGCAGGGGGUGCAGCCACUGCUCCAGCAACAGCAACAGCCAAGCCACCAGGGGUUCCAGCCUGCCCAGCCUGGCCAACCUCCCUACCCCACCCACACCUCUCCAUACCCCAGCCAGCUGUCCUACCCAGCUGGCCCUAGCCAGACCACUCCCUACCAGCCCCAGGCAGACAUCCUCACUGUUCAUCAGAGACCCAGACAGACCUCUCUGGCUGACCUGGAGCACAACAUGCCCACUAACUAUGAGGUCAUAAGCAACCCCACUGUAGUGGUGACCACCACAGCCCAAGAUGCCAUCUACUCCUCCUCCAGUGGGGCGCCCCCAUACGGACAGUAUACUGGUGGUACCCCUAUGACCAACACUUAUGGGCCAUACUCUUCUACAGUCUCUAGUACCUAUGGCCAGUUCACCACGACAGUUGCCAACACAUACGGGCAGCAGUACACUUCCACCCUGGCCAGUACGUACGGCCAGUAUACCACUACCACAGCUAACACCUACGGCUACACCAACACUACAGCCAGCUCCUACGGCCAGUACACCACCACAGUGGCCAACAGCUACGGCCACGGCACUCCAUCUGACCGUCUGCACUCGGUUGACAGCCCAUCCACCUAUGCACAGGACGGUCUCUACGGCCCAGCCAGCCUGGAGCAGAACAUCCCAAGGAACUACGUCAUGUGCGACGACAUCAGUGAGCUGACAAAGGACGGCCUGGGCGGCAUGGCGGCAGACAUGCAUCGAAGCGACGGUCAUGGUGGACGCUACAUGGGGGAGAGCGGCCCGGCGAGAGGAGGGAGUUCCUACGGCAGGCCGGAGGACGAGCUGAGCAGGGAGGAAGACCCGUACGACCACCAUGGCAGGGGUAAGAGCAGCUACCACCCACGAGGGUCAGAUACAUAUGGCCGAGUAGUGGGCAGCAGCAGCACUAGCAUGGGUGGGGGAUCAUCCUAUUACUAUGAUGACUACACCAAACACGGCGCACAGCGCACCGGGGUCCAGAAGCACGCCUCCAAGAUCCUGGCUCCGGCCGUCAUGUCCUCCAAGCGCAGCAAGCACCGCAAGCAAGGCAUGGAGCAGAAGAUCUCCAAGUUCUCCCCCAUCGAGGAGGCACGUGACGUGGAGGCUGACCUGGCCUCCUACACCAUGAGCACGUCUGGCGGUGGCAGCUGCACUGUAGUGUCCCGGGCCAGGAAGCUGCAGGACGACAUGGCCUACAGCCUGAGGAAGAGUGCCUAUGAGCAGAAGAGAUACUCCUAUCCCGAGGAGGACGAGCGCAUGUACUACACCUCGGGCCGUUCACGCUCCACAGGCUAUGGCAUGGACAAGAUCUCGUCCCGGGACUAUGCCGGCUACCGCAGCCGCUCCUAUGAGAGAGAUGGGGACAGGGAUCGCUCGUCGUACAGCCGGGGCAGACCCCCCAUGCGCUCCCAGUAUUCGGAGGAGGAGAGCCUGCUGAGCUCCAUGGGUGUUCAUGUGCGGGCCUCCUCCCUGGGCCCAGAGCUGUACGACAGCCGUAGUAAUCAGUAUUAUGGCCAGUACGGCUCCAGCCACUCCCUGCCUGAUGUGCAGGACCACAUGAGAGACUUGCCCCGGACUCACGUCUACAAACCAGACGAUUCAUACAUUAUAGAAGAUAUGCAUUGCGCUGUUUCGGACAGCGAAGUCUGCAUGCCUCUGUCGCCGUCGGACUUGGAGAUUGACUGUGAUCUGCUCUUGGUUUCCAAAGCCUACAAUCUUGGCCAAGAGGAGACAGACUGGUUUGAGAAGCCCAGGGACCUGCGCUCCGGCUCCCGUCACUACGGCAGUGGAGGCCACUCCUCGUCCGGGCGCAGCCGCCACGUCAAGCACACCUACCAUGACUACGACGAGCCCCCAGAGGAGGACCUGUGGCCCCAGGACGAGUAUGGCCAAGCCCGUCACUCCUCCUCCUCGCGGGACCACCGCCCCCAUGGCAGCAGCAGCUCCGGAAGACACUCCUCUACGUCCCGCCACUCGGACGAGCCUCGCUCCUCUCGCUCCUCCAAGGGCCAUCCCAAAGACCCGUCCAUGCGCCACGACUCCCGCCAGUUGUCCUCGUCGGGAAAGAGGGGCGACUCCCGCUCCCAGGGGGGGUAUCACUCGUCAGACUACUCCAGGGACCCGUCGGGCCACCACCACAGCCAGGGCCGCUCCUCCAAGUCCUCGUCCUCUCACGAUGGGCGGACUUCCUCCAGGAAGCAGCAGGACCUCCAGGGCCACCCUUCUUCUACCUCCAGGGUCCAGGGCAGCUCUGGGCGUGGGCAGGGCUCCAACAGUGGGCCUCCAGGCUCCAGGGGACAGGGUCCUACCUCCCAGCAGGACGGGCUGCAGCCAGGUCAACGCACCCAGCUGCAGCAGCAGCCCCAGACCUCGGCGGCACGGCAGACAGGCACCAUCCCUGCAGGCACCACUCCUGGGGGCCAGCAGCCUCUGGGCCCGGGCCAAGCCCAGCAGGGUCUACAGGCGAAGCCUGGUCAGCUUGGUCCUGGUCAGGCCAGUCGCCAGCCACAGGCAGGAGGCGCACUGGGGCAACUACCACCAACUGUGGCACCUGUCGCAAACACACCCCCUGUGACUGCCAUAGGGGCCAAAGCUGUCAUAGGAGGGACGGCCCAGCCUGCAAAAACACCUCAACCCCCACUCACAGGAAUAGGCUCCAAGGCCGCCCCUAGACCCGGUGGCAUUGGGAGCGCGGCAGCGGGUCAACCUGGGAUGGAGGGGGAGAGUCUCCUCUCCAAGGUCCUACCAGGAAACCCUGCGGAGGCAGCAGGAAAACUAGGAGAAGCUAUCUCCGGUUUCGGCAAGAAGUUCACCUCGUUGUGGUGAGGUGUUGAGAUGAGGGUAUCUGUAAAUGUUAUGGAGGAUGUCGUGAGGCUUCGUACCAGAAAAACCUAGGAAGACCCCCGCUUUGUUUUACUGUGAGAGAGAGAGAGGGAGGGAGAAAUACAGCGACCAAGAGAAGAUAUCUGAGCGCACUGCCAAUGAGGACAGGAAUCAAUGGAUGCUGCAUGUCCCAGGUCUACGCACACAAUGGGAGAGAAACCAUGCUGAUUUCUCUGGCCGGCCAGACAAACGGUUUGAGGCCCCCAGACUGCAAUGCCCCCAGCCAAAGAACAAGGACACUGACACCUGAGCCCCCCUGAACACCUAAGCCAUUGGAUUACAAGCCCUGAGGAUCCCUCCAGAGAGAGGCUAGCUGGAUAGAGAGCCUGAUCCCUGCCACUAUAUGGGUCUUCAUCACCAGGAUGUCACUCCUCAAGGACCAUCACCUCCCAAACAGCCAUUAUCCUUUGGGGAAUGGGCUCUAUACUAAGGAAUACUCCACCCAGCUGCUCUGUAUGAGAAUGGGAAGGGACCACAGUACUGUGACCCCGCAACACGCUAAUGCUAUCCUCUAGUCUGUGGGCUGUUGUGCUGCUGCCUGCUGGGGUUUGUAACAGACGUGGCCGUGGUGGCAUGGUAGGAUCCUUGAUUCCGUAAACCUGGGCUCAGAUUAAAAAACACACAGACACACUCUCCUCUCCUCUCAUCUCUGAAAAAGAAAAGAGAAGAACAGGUUUUUCUGGUACUAAAGACCUCCUGUUUCAUUUGGAUGCUGAUAACUUAGGAAAGAAGAAGAAAAGACAAUAAGGAUGACUAGGUUGACAGAAGCUAGGAGGAAGUCUCCACAGUUUGCUCAGUUUUUUUCUCUACAUUCCAGAAUGGAAAAAGGCCCCGUUUUUUUUAAUGCUGACUCGUUCGUUCCAUUUUUUUCCCCUCUUGCGAUGUGUCUAAGAAGUGUAUUGUGGAUUUAGGAUUCGGAAAUGCAUGGACCUUUAUAUCCAAGACCUUACACUGUUCACCAUUUCAGUCACAGAGGCCAUAAGACAUUGGUUAAUAAUAAUAAUGAUACAAAAUUAGAGUAAAAAUGUAUCCAAAAGAAGACGAGGAGGACACAACACUGAAUCUGGCCACAGGAUGGGAGAAUCAUCAUUCGGGAGGUUUCGAUUGCACCAUGAGAGCCGAAUGUGGCCAGGUUUGUUUUUUAGCCAUUGCAAAGCCAUUAAUAAGAAAAAACAUCCCCAGAACGUUUGGGUUCCUGGUGUUUCUGAACCUUCCCACAACGUUUGGGUCUCUGGUGUUUUUUUAAAUUUACAACUCAGUUUUUUGUUCUCGUUCUGUAUUUGCCUGAUUUUCUGUUACAGGACAGUGGAUUCGCCUUAAUCAUUCCAUUCUUUUUUAUUUAGAGUAAAGUUACAUCUUAUUUUUUUACUCCAUGUUCUAUCCAUAAACCUUAUUUUAAUUGCAUACUUUUUUAUGUAAUAAUGAUGUCCACUGGAACACUGGCUGCGAGAUUAAUUUAUAUUUUGGGAUUUUGUUUCACUUUUAAAUGUGUAAUCCUUUAUAUUGUGUAUUUUCUCAUACAUUUGUGUGUUUAUGGUGUCCAUAAUCAUUGAUUACGUGAUUUAUUUAUGAUUAUUAAUAAUGAAAAAGCAAUAGUAUGUGGAAGAAAGUCAGUAAAGAGCACAAUCUUGUGUCAUUUUACAAAUCGUUAGUCAGGAAUGUGUUGCCUCUGUGCGAUAUUCUGCUAUCACAUCUUAACAGGGCCACACCUGGGUUGUAUUCAUUAGGCACCAAACAAAAUAAAAAAAACUGACAAACAGGGAGGGACUACCUGAAAUUGUCCAAUAAGAAAAGCUUGUUUUUGUUUUCCGUUGCAAAACGUAUUGCUACGGAGUGCUCUAAUAAAUACAACCUUGUAAAUUUGGUACUGCCCAGUCAAGGCAUUUCAUAUCUGCCAUUAUGAUACAUGAGCACUGCAAGACAGCAGAGGCAUUGAAUACAAACCAGUGCAAAUCACCUUUGUAUCUGACUUGAAGUAGUUUAGCAUUCUUUUGUUGACUGUCAUAAUCAUUGGGUUUUCAUGUUUUCUGGCUUACUACAGACUUUUAACAUCCAAAACACCAUCACAGGGAAAGAGAGACCCCUUACAGACAUGGAGUACAUAUUGGUUGUGUUUCAAACAGACUGAGGAUGUUAGGUUGGAGAGACACCUACUCUGCACACACUCACAUAUGGCUGCGGGCAACAGUGAUGUAUGAGUUAUGUGCGAGGUAGCAAAAGGUGUUCGGUGGAUUAGACACUGAAGUGUCAAAGAUACAGCACAGUCGGUUGUUUUUUGUCUUUGUAUUUGCGACCAAACUGCAAACCCCAAAAUGUUGACGAAUGUCACGGAAACCUCUCAGGUCAGUGUUCUUCCUGCUGUUCUUUGCAGUGCAGCGUGUGUAGUAGUGUUACUGGUGAUACGCUCAGACGCUAGAGGCCUACUGAUGGGAGCCCAAACGUGAUGUAUAUUCUCUCUUUCUCUUUCUGAGGUUGCUGGAAUAAAGCAUGCUCUGGCAAAACCUCAGUAACAGUCACUUCUGUAUCGUUACGUUCCUGAUGUUUGUAUGUGUGUGAGUACUGUAUGCGUGUGUUUCUAACCAUCCUACUAAAAAACAAACCAUUAUCUGGCAAAUAAAACAAGUGUGUGGUCGACGGCAACUUUUACAUUUCAAACGUUCUAUGCAAUGAAUCAUAUUUGGGUGAAGUAAAAGAGGAAGAAACUGAAUACCACUAUCAUUGUCAUGGCUGAGACAAAUACUGCUUCCUUUUAGCAUUCCUGCUACAGAAAUAGAUUGACUUGUUUGUAAAUAGCUACAAUAUGUGUACGUCAGGAAUUUGAUUCAAUGUUUCUUUCAAUUCUUUUUAGUGGCAUGUUUCAGUCCCUUCACUGAAAAUUGGAACCGGUUGCCAACUGGUUAUCUACAUAGGCACCCUAAAAUGGCACACUAUUCCAAUUAGUGUACUAUAGGCUGGCUAUAGGGAAUAAGGUGCCAUUUUUCGAUGCAGAAUAGCGUCAAUAAAGUCUGCCAUCUUAUUGCUUCAAGCAUGGGUUGCUGGGCACAGCGAAUGGUCUUGUACGUACAGUGCUGAAGACCCCAUUUUUGUUGGACGGCCAUGGAUUCCAAUACUUGGCUGCUAGUUUGUGCACUUGUUAUUCCAUAGAAUAGAAUGAAGCUGCUAAAGACUUAAGCCAAUUAUAUGAAGAGAUUAAAUAUAUAAUUUAUAUAAAUAUGUAAAUCAAAUACUAUAUGAUAAAUAUAUAUAAGACAUAUUCGAGAAAUGACAGGCCCUUCUCAUGAUCGAAGGGAAUGACCUGGUGUGUGUACACUGCCACUACCUACUAACAUACUAUGAUAUUCAAGAAGUUUGAACGUUGAUGGGAGGCUGCUUGUUUCCUUUCAGUGAGCCCACCGAAAACCAUUGUAGGCUAUACCCACUCACCAUUCAUUUGGCUUGAAAGGCUUUAGUGUGAAAAUCCCUUAACCCACAACUCACUCAGUACAGUAACUGCUGUUUCAAGUACGGGCGAUUAUUUAAAUGUAAAAAAGUGGAGUUAUUUUUAUAGCAUACUUUAAUGGAAUAUCUAUACACAAAUAUUAUUGGUACACUGGCAAAAUCCCUAUGAGGUUAAUGGAAUAGAAUGAUGAUCAGAUCAAUAUUGUCCUACUGUUACAAAGGCCUCCUUACAGUAGAUACGACUGGCAUGGAAAGCACCUCACAGGCCGUUAGAACAAACUAGCGACAGAUAAAGUCACUGUCAGUGACUGGAUGGAUGAUCAGAUAUGUAAAUGAGAUGGAGAUAAUAAUGAAGUUGUAAAGAAGAGAAUCAAUACUGAUCAAGAUCCAAUUAUGACUUGUUUAUGUUCCAAAUAGUUUGUAACUGUGUUUAAUCACUUUGCCUCAGGAAAGCACACACAAAAUGCACCGUGGUGAAAUGAAAUGGGACGUUAAUAUGCAUAGUAGUAAGGGCUUAUUAUUACAAUACUGGUCAAUCAAGAAAGCCAUCUUAUUACUGUCCCAUCCAGUCCUACAUCUACUCUGGAUGGGCUUUGGACCACAGCAUUUUGCCAGGGACAAAUAAAACCAUGUCUUUUUUUUACGUCAACCAAAAAUUGUGCUAUUAAAGUAGCAUAGCAACUGCGACUAUCUGCCCUUGCUGUGGGUCCUUGUGGAUGGCUACGCACAGCGAACAGGACAUUACUAUGGAUGAACAUAAUAGGGUGACAGACAAGGGAAUGCCGGAAAAAAAGCGACAAAAAAUCUUUCUCAACCAUCAGGGAGCAGUCAUCUUUCACCUUAGUGAAAAGUAACAAGUGCAUGAGCUAAUGCAGCAUAAAGCCUCUCCUUACAUCUGACAGGCAGGCAGACAUAUUCACUGUAAAUACCAGUCAGGGCCAUAGACUGCUAUGUACAACAUGUAAAUGUCAUACUAAACACUAUCACAGGCAUGGAAAGCCACGCAGGCUGACCUUGCCAAACUUGUGCUUUUGUGAAUAAAAAUGACAAAAAAAAAGCAUUGUGUAUGUGGCUGGCUUGUGCAGACUGUUUAAUUAAAAACAAAAAGUUGUAUCCGGAAACAUAUUGGUCUGUGUAGAGUUUCUAUACAUGUUGUGUUUGUAAAACGAGAAGAAAAAACACCUUCCUCAAAAGGGAUAUCCUGGCUUCCAUUAACUAGA